AUGGAUGCUAAUAUCGCCAAAGCCAAGAAUAUUUUCGCUCAAAUGGACACAGAUAAGGAUGGCAACCUCAACACCGAAGAAUUAAAGAAUUUAUGCAGAGAACUCGACUGGGAUUCAACAACAUGCCCAGCAGCUAUCGUCGCCUUCGAUACAAAUGGCGAUGAAAAGAUUACAGUCGACGAAUUCAUUGCCUACUAUAAGCUUAAGCUUACAGGAAACAAAGAAGAACUUUUCAAGAAAGUUUUCGAAAAAGUUGAUAAGAACCACAAUGGCCUUAUUGACCUUAACGAAAUGAUCCACUUUGCUUCCCUCGUUGGCGAGCCAGUAACAAAGGAAGAAGCUCAGUCUCAAUUAAAGGAGAUUGAUGCAGAUAAGGAUGGAAAUGUCAACUUCAAGGAAUUAUAUUCCAUCUUCGAAGACUGCGAAUUUUAA